UUAUUUUUCCUUUCACAUCUUUGAAUUCUAGUGUUUUAUGCUCGAAAUAUUGUUGUAAACUGCUAAUUCCAGUUUCGUGUCGUGUAUUCUCAAAUUUCCAUGGACAGUGUCCUUCUUCAACCCCAUCAACAGCUACUUCCCCCACAAAGUUUGAUGAACCCACUUUCUCUCUCCUCAAAACUUAAGCUUAAACCCAGAACCCUCUUCUCCAAAUGUCUUCCAUUCCGCCUUUUCUGUGCUACUUCCCAGAAUUUAGAGAACCCCAUUACAGAAAUUCAACCUCCCAACGGUAAAGCUAGUGCUAAUUCGAAAUUUAACUUGCAAAAUCUUAAACAAAAUUGGUUGUCUUCUCUUUCAAAUAAUGAAAAAAUUGAUGGAAAUGGUGGGUUUGAUUGGAUAAUUGGUAUCGACCCAGAUGUUUCUGGUGCUUUAGCCCUUUUGAAAUACGAUAAUUCUGUCUGUAUUUCUGCCAAGGUUUUUGAUUCCCCAUUUGUGCAAAUAUCAGUUGGGAAAACACGCCGUAAAAGAUUAGAUGCGAAGUCUAUUGUUCAGUUGUUGCAGAGUUUUGAUGCUCCAAAAGGUACUACUGCAUAUUUGGAGCAAUCUAUACCAUUUCCCCGAGAUGGAAAACUGGGUUGGUGGAGUGGAGGAUUUGGCUAUGGGUUAUGGAUCGGAGUAUUGGUUGCUUCUGGGUUCUCUGUUGUUCCUGUGCCGUCUAGUUCAUGGAAAAGGGAAUUUGAACUUGCUCGAAGCACCUCAAGUAAGGAUGAUAGCAGGGAGCUUGCAGCACGUAUAUUCCCUGAUUUAAGUUCUAUGCUGAAAAGGAAGAAGGACCACGAAAUGAUUCCUAAGUUUCUCUUUAUCACUUGCUCACCCACAAGCCAAUCACUGUAUCAGAAAUUUCCACUGACUUUAGGUCGAGCUGAGGCUCUACUCAUUGCUGCCUAUGGAAAAGGUCAUAAGACAAAGGCAGAUGAAUUGUGCAUGUCAGACGACACUCCUGAAGUAUUGACCAAGCUGUGUUGCUGCAAUACGGAACAACAGUGAUGCUUUCUUUGACAUCAAGAGUGCAGAUUUUUGUUUCUUUGAGGCAUUUAUGAAGUCGUGAACAUUUGCCUCAUCAUAUUUGCUACAGCUGCGCCUGGCAUAUUAGAGUAAUUAUUCAUUAAUGAAAUUCCUUCUAGCUUUGUAAAUACACCUGAUUAGAUGUAAGCAUUUCGGAGUUGUCAUAAUUUCUACUAAAUUCUUAUUGAGUUUUAUUUGGGCUGAUCAAAAUCCAAAUUCAUGUGUCGUUCAAUCCUA